AUGGCAAGCCCAAGAGUGUUAGGGACUGCUUUCCUGGUCUUGCUUAUUGUAGACAUCGCCUUUGCUGCUAGGACACUGCAGUCAAUUAGUGGAGGUGGAGGUGGAGGGCAGGGAGGAGGUGGUGGUGGUGGCUCUGGAUCAGGACUUGGGUCAGGUUACGGUUCUGGGUCUGGAUCCGGGAGCGGUGAAGGAUAUGGUGCUGGUGGUCGUGGAGGAGGCGGGGGCGGGGGCAGUGGCGGGGGCGGAGGUGGUGGCAGCGGCGGAGGCAACGGGUCAGGUUCUGGCUAUGGGUCUGGUAGCGGCUCAGGCUAUGGUUCUGGUAGUGGGAUAGGUGGUGGAAAAGGUGGCGGCGGCGGUGGCGGCAGUGGCGGCGGCGGCGGCGGCGGUGGAGGUCAAGGCUCUGGAUCAGGAAGUGGGUCAGGCUAUGGAAGUGGAAGUGGAAGUGGAAGCGGAAGCGGCGGUGGCAAGGGUGGGAAAGGAAGUGGAGGAGGAGGAGGAGGUGGUGGGGGUGGGGGAGGAGGAUCUGGCUCAGGCUCAGGCUCAGGUUAUGGAAGCGGGUCUGGUUAUGGCUCUGGAUAUGGAGGAGGGAAAGGUAAUUAA